GUCUCCCAGAGGAAGUAAUAUCCGGGUAGCUCUUUACUUCCUGCACUUCCAGGCAGUGUUGUUAUCUUAGCACAAUGAAAAUACUCAGUUUACUAUGCCUUUUUGUAGCAUAUUUGGUUACCGACUGCACAAAUAUUGAGAAAACAGCCGGCCAGUUUUUCAGCAGCGGCCAUACAAACAACUGGGCUGUUCUGGUGUGUACCUCCAGGUUCUGGUUCAACUACCGGCAUGUGGCCAAUUCACUGUCCGUCUACAGGAGCGUAAAGAGGCUGGGCAUCCCUGACAGUCAUAUAGUUCUGAUGCUGGCUGACGACAUGGCUUGUAACCACAGAAACCCCAAACCGGCUACAGUGUUUAGCCACAAGAACAUGGAGCUAAAUGUGUACGGGGACGAUGUUGAGGUGGAUUACCGUGGUUAUGAGGUGACUGUAGAGAACUUUCUGCGGGUUUUGACUGGACGGCUUCCUCCCAGCACCCCUCGCUCCAAACGCCUCCUGUCUGACGACCGAAGCAACAUCCUCAUAUACCUCACUGGCCAUGGCGGUAACGGCUUCCUGAAGUUCCAGGACUCUGAGGAAAUCAGCAAUGUGGAGUUGGCUGAUGCCUUUGAGCAAAUGUGGCAGAAAAGAAGGUACAAUGAGCUGCUCUUCAUCAUCGACACCUGUCAGGGUGCCUCCAUGUAUGAGAGGUUUUACUCCCCAAACAUAAUGGCUUUGGCCAGCAGUCAGGUCGGGGAAGACUCUCUGUCGCACCAGCCAGAUCUGGCCAUAGGAGUCCAUUUAAUGGACCGUUACACCUUCUACCUGCUGGAGUUCCUGGAAGACAUCCACCCUGCGAGCAAAGCAAACAUGAACGAUCUGUUUAAAGUUUGCCCCUCAAGUCAGUGCGUGUCCACUCCGGGUCAUCGCACUGACUUGUUCCAGAGGGAUCCGGGAAGCGUCCUCAUCACAGACUUUUUCGGUAGCGUCCGCAAGGUUGAGAUCACCACUGAAGCCGUAAACUUAACAGACCCUAUUAAGCAAGUUGAGGAGAGCCCUGCGAAUGGAGAGCUGCGUGAAGAGAUCUACUCGUACGUGGAACAGCUGCCGGUAUCUGAGAUCAUCCAUCAGAAACCAAAGCAGAAAGACUGGCAUCCUCCUGAUGGCUUCAUCCUGGGCCUGUGGACUUUAAUCCUCCUGGUGUUUUUCAAGACCUAUGGUGUUAAACACCUCAAACACAUCUUCUAAGGACUCGGCGCAGGCACAGCUCGACAUCUGAGGACCUGGUAGUCCUUUCUGAAGGGAUGUUUGGGGAGGAAGGCACAGCUUGUGAUGGGUUCAUAUACCUGAAUAUCUGGGGAUAGGAGCAGCAGAAACUACUGAUUUCUACAAAACUCCAUAAAACUACUGGUGCCUUUUCUGUUCUUUAAUUUUGUUUUUUUGUUUUUUUGUUUUGUGUGCAAGAGACUUAAAAAGAUGUGGUACCCCAGUAAUACAUCUCAAAUGUUUCCUUGAGCAUGCAUUUUAGGUGUGGGGAUUAUUUCUUCCAAAUGGCCAAAGAAGCCGCUGUAGCUGUUUUGAAAGGCAAACUCCUGCUAAAAAUAAUUGUCCUUUUUUUGUUUUAGAUAUUCCAUUUUUCUGGAAGUUGUUGACAAGUAAAUCGAACAUUAAAAUGUCUCCUACCAAUCUGACGAUGAAUUAUUUUCCUAAAUAUUUAUAAAUCAAAAUUUAUGAAAAUAAAAUUGUGUGUUUUCCAAGUAAAAGGGGUCUGUUCAGAUAUAGAGAGCUAAGACUUUUUUAAAGUUGCAGCCAGAGUCUUCAUGUCAACUGGUCCAGAGUGUCUGAUGGAUAUGAUCUGACCUUCUAGCUGAAAGUCGCCUCGUCUGGACUUAGCUGCUUAGAGUAGUAUAGUCUAUUGACAUGCAUGUAUGAAAUGGUUAUUUAAGAGGAUUGUAUGUAAAUAGAUAAUCACUGGAUAAAAACAAAAAAAGCUACACAAACUCUGUUUAUACAUUUCCAGUAGUAGAGCUAAAAUUUUGGGGCCUCUGUCAAGGAUUGAAAGAAUAUUUGUUUUUUUUAAUAACACCAAAUCUCUGUUUUCUUUAUUGUAUAGUCCUAUUAAAACAUUGAAAGUGUGUCUUAUUUUUACUACUACUGUUAGAGUGGAGCUGGCUAGGAGCUCUUGGAAAACGCUGAACUCUGGAUCAUGCUACUCUUCUACAAAGUAACUCAGGAUGUUGUGUAAUAGACCAACAAAAAGUGCAUUAUAAUUAAGAAAUGGUAGGAAAGUGAUGGGUGAUUGUUAAAUAAUGGUUUCCCUGAUCUAACCCCACAUUAAAAUUAGGGGGGUGGGUUGCUGCUAGCAGCUUGAAAAAAAAAAAGGUUUUUAACUAACUAAAAAAAUUAGGCCAAUUGUUAAGAAAAUACAUUCGAUGGAGAGUAUUUUUCAUUUUUUAUAUCAAUAUUGAAUGAUUUAAAAGGACUGGGAAAAAAAUGGUUGCACUGCAUUUAUUGUUUUUUCAGUAAGAGGGACUUUAUACACAUACAUGCCAUCAUUCUUUAAAUUUAUUUCUUGAAAUGAAUUUUAAAGCCAUGUCUCUGUGCUUGUGUUAUUUGCUCCCUUUUGUUGCUCUAUAGAUAUAGCCCCCAUAACAUACAUUAAAGUUAUGUAACGUGAUAAAAUGCACUGAAUGUUAGUGUAUAUAAACCCUUCAUUUAAAUAUU